CACAGUGCACACCACUCCUUGUGGAUUAUUUUGGUCUGUCUGCUUGCUUCAUUAAAAAAUGCAAUAGUGGUGAAAACUUCGUGGAUAAAUGCAUACAAAUAUGUGCCGUAUUAGUGAAUUAACUAUAAUAUGACGGAAGGCGGCUAGCAGAUUAUUAUUCGACAACAUUAGGAUAAAAUGACAUAAACAAUGUCAGGAGGUAAUUCCAAGAACAAGGCACGUUCGAAGCGGCACGAGGGAUGGGAGGAGGCUGGGGGGGAGUUCUACCAAGAGCUCUACCCUGGGGGGGAACAGGAACUGUUCGAGAACCUGCAGAGAGCUGACGCGGCCAAACUGGCGACGCUGCUGCCGUCGAAGCAAGCCAGGAACACGACCACGGUGAAGCGAGUCAGGUCCCAGAAUGAGCGGAGGCAGUCCACGUAUGCGCGUACGACUCAGAGCCGAGACAUACACCUCUCCAUGCUACCGGAUCUAUCAGAAAACUUGUCCAACGAGGAGAGGACCUGGGAAGAGAUAAUGCAGAUCAAAGCGAUGCCUGUUCCAAUGAAUCAGAAACGAGACAUCAAAGCGAGACUGCAGAACGCAACGAAACUCCGUCUGCAAGGCCUGGAACAGUUGCAGUGGCGGCAACGGAAAGUGUGGCAUCGGUUUAGCAUACGGUUCACAGAAAUCGUCGGCAAACUAGAACUAUGGCAGUCCUCCUUAAGAGAAAUCGAGGGGAAAUUCGGUACCGGCGUAGUAUCUUAUUUUCUCUUCCUGAGAUGGCUCCUAUUCCUAAAUUUUGCCAUAUCAUCUUUUGUGAUAGUGUUUCUAAUUCUACCCACAGUUUUGCUCGUCGAAGUUGAAUACGAAUGUGACGAUUAUGCGGAAAAUUCCACAAUAUGCUGCUCCCAAGCGUAUUUAAGGAGGAAUCUUACGGAAUUUAAUGUCGUCCUAUCGUUUAUCCAGGGCACUGGUUGGAUGGAGCGAACAAUUUUAUUCUACGGGGUUUACAGUGAUCAAUUGUAUACGUAUUUUAUUAAAUCCUUAUGGGACACUGAGAUAUUUUAUAACAUGCCACUGUCUUAUAUCCUAGUGCCAAUUUCUUGGGCUCUAUUCUCUCUGAUCGCCAUAGUUAAAACUGCGGCCAAAGGUUUCAAGGAGCGAUUGGUGGAGAGCGAGGGACAGUUUUAUAUGUAUUGUAACCUCGUGUUUGGUGGGUGGGAUUUUUGUAUACAGAACGAUAAAUCGGCGAAAAUAAAGCACAAAGCCUUGUACAACGAAAUCAAAGGUUGCUUAGAAGAAGAGAGGUUUAAGGAGGAAAAGCAAUUGAGGACCAGAGAGAGUCAAAUUUUGAUGCAUCUAAAACGCCUGCUGGUACACAUUCUGGUAUUCGCGAUCUUGAUAGCUUCCGGAAUACUCAUUUACGUUAUAUUCAACUAUUCAAUGGACAAACUAAAUGAAGAACAAAACACCCACAUAAAUAACGAUUUCGUUAACGUCACGGAAAAAUCGCCUUUAAGACAGUACAACGAGACUUCAUAUUCGUUUGGACAGUUGCAGAAUACUCUGCUGGAGUUCCUACCGUUUAUAACGAUAGUUGUAUUGAAUAUUAUAGUACCAGAGAUUUUUAGUUAUAUGAUAAAAUUUGAGACUUACAUGCCAGCUAAUACAAUUCUAAUAUCUUUAUUGCGUACCGUGCUACUAAGACUUUCCUCCUUAGCGGUACUCCUUAGCCAAAUUUACAUACAAAUAACAGAUCCGGACAGAAUUAAAUGCGCCAGCUUUUACGAGGAGUUCAGACUCGAAUGUUGGGAGACCUAUGUCGGGCAGCAACUAUACAAGUUAAUUCUGACAGAUUUUGCAUUACAAAUCGUCAUGACCUUCAUUAUAAACCUUCCAAGGGCGUUCAUAGCAAGACACACGCAUAGUAGAUGCCUAAAAGUGAUUGGCACUCAAGAUUUCUAUCUCCCGAAACAUGUUUUAGACAUAGUUUAUAUACAGACCAUCAUAUGGAUGGGGUCUUUCUUCUGCCCAUUUCUGCCUAUAAUUGGUACUAUUUUCUGCUUCUUGAUAUUCUACAUCAAGAAGUUUACUUGUUUAACUAAUUGCACACCCUCUCCAAUAGUGUACAAAGCGUCGAAAUCUAAAUCGCUGUUCAUGUCUGUUUUGCUCCUUGGCUUUGUUAUAUCUAUAAUUCCGGUGGCAUACUCUGUGGCGGAGAUCACGCCAUCUUGGAAUUGCGGCCCGUUCCGAGGUUUCGAUACAGUAUGGGAAUAUGUUGUGGAAACUUUUGAUGGGUUCCCAUAUUUCGUGCGCGAGAUCGUCUUCUUGCUAGGUACGUCUACAUUCGCGGUGCCAGCGUUCGCGGUCUUGCUAUUUUUUCUGUAUUACUAUUGGGCGGUUGCAGCGGCCAAUCGACAUAUGGUGGAGGUUUUGAAGAACCAGUUGGUACUAGAGGGUCACGAUAAACAGUUUCUGUUGAAUAGACUGAGCGCGUUCAUAAGGCAGCAUCAAAAACGUUGCGAGAGAAGGAAUAGGGCCAGCUUUGCCGACGACAAUUCCUCUGUACAGCAUAGUUCGAGAUAGAGUAUGAUAUAGCUAAUAUCUGACCAGUGUCUUGUCAAAUUAUGGGUUCGGGUUAAUAUUUUGGUGUAUUAAUUGAUUUAACUGAACCCUUUGUGUAAUUUAGCAAGAAACCAAACUUAACUUUGGAGCAAGUUUAGUUUGACAGAUUUGCAUGGAGUUGUCAAAUUUUGACCUUACGCUAAAGUGGGUGUGAAGUUAGUACACCAAAAACCAAAAGAUGAGGAAGACGUUAGUAUGCAUGGAAACUUACUCUAAGGUAAUAUUUAGUAAUUUUUAUUAUCUGUUGUUUUUUAUUAUUUUAUUAAUAAUGAAUUUAAUGGGGAAUAAUCAAAUAAUUUACCCAUUUACUUUUAGAGCAUGAGCUUCAAUAUGACCAUCAUAGAGUUGACAAUGACAUUUUUUCUGUUCAAUGUGUGACUAAAACGUGUUUCUAUAAUUAUCUAAACUAUCGGCCUUGCUGCCCUUGUACGUAUAACAGCUGAAUUCUUGUAUGUCAGAUGUGACGUACAUUUGAGAUACGGAGUACUCCGAAACUAUUAUUACAGUGUUUUUGUAAUUUGAGCUGUAAAACAAAGUAGAUAAGUUCCUUUUUACUCUAACAGAGUUUCCAUAAGUAAGAAUUGUCUACGCCACUGUCAAAACUACUGUAAAAUUUUAAAGGGCUUACAAAUAAUCGAGAUAUAACAGAUAUUUAUUUACAGACUGUAUUUGACAUACGAAGUACUACGACACUAAUAUCACAGUGUUUAUGACUUGUGUUAAAUUGGAUGAAAAUUCUUAAGUUCGGCCUUUAGACAGAAAGUGUAUAAAACAAAAAUAAAAAAUACGGGAUUUGCGACUCUAAAAUAAGUGGCAACAGCUCCAUUUACUGUGACGAUACAGAGUUCGAUUCUCGAAAACAACGAUUGCGAGCAAGCCAAUCUUGAACUAAGGCUUCUGAUUUGACAAAACACGUUAUGACACGUUUAUUUGUAAGGCGCGCUCUAUAUUAUUUCCUUUUGUCUCUGACAUUCCUCUUUAUAUUAUUUCUAACCACCCAUAAUAUUUAUUUAUUCGGGCAACUAUUUUAUUAACACAAACUUAAUUUGUAUUUAUUUAUACGACGAGCAUUCCAUAAUGUUUCGAAAAUAACAAAUAAUAACUAAUAACUGGAACUAGUCGAUUUGAUUCCUUUUAUAAGUAUUUAAGGUUUUUUUACCUAUUUUAUUGAUUCUUUACUCACAUUAAAUCGAGGUAACUUUAAAUUUUAAUCUUAACAUUCCAGUGAUAUAUUGCAUUAAAUUCUUAACUGUACUCGAAAUGCAUUUAUGACGUACAUUUUUACACCUCAAGUACUGUAAAUUUUUACGUCACAAAUUGUGAUUAACGUCAAGUGUUUAGAAUGAAAUAGAGAAUCAGACAAGCACGCAAAAAACUGUCUGAUUGUUAAAAUCAUAAAAUUCAGUUACCUGGAUUUUAGUGUUAAUAAAAAUGCUUCAUAGUCAAUAAAUAAUAUCAAUUGUACUGAUUAUAAUAUAGCUCUUUUUUAUUUCUUUAGUCCUAGUACUCUAUAUGAUUUACAAAGAUUUUUUUGUACAUAGCAUUUAUUAGUAAAUAAAUAGAUUAUUUAGCUUAGCGAUCUCAUUAUAGUAUGAUUGAAUUGUAUAAUAAACUAUAGUAAAUAAUAUAUCACAUUUUUUUAAAAUUAAAACUAGAUGUAGGGAUAAUUUAUUUUGGAUUUUUCACGCAAGAUUUGUGAUUCAAGAUAAUAAAAUAGCAAACGCAACUAUUUUUCGCCUAUUCAAUUCGAUCAAAUGAAAAUAUCUACUGCGUUUAAAAAAAUUCAAAAAUGUGGCGGAAAAAAGUAGAUUGCGUUCUUAAGGCUCAAUUACACGGUGCGUUAGUUGAUUGAAUAUUACACACUAAACUAAGGCUAACGAAAAGGGAUUAUUUUUGCUAACAAAAUAAUGCGUUAUUUGCGUGCGAGACAAGGACUGUUCUUUUCUCUCAUGCUAAUAGCGUCAAAGUGGUGUUUAUAUAAUAACUUCUCAUUGGCUGUAGUUUUGUCACAGACCAGUUAUUGAUACGUUUCAAGAUAAUUAUUGCUUUAAAAUGUAUUGUGUGUACACAACAGGCACGCAACUAGUUACCGUGUAUUUGGGCCAUUUAGCUCUACAAAUAACAUGCUAGCUCUACAAUUAAGUCAUGUCAACGAGUUACACCGUAGUUGCCAUAGAUUUUGAUACGUAGACGAUGUAAGUUAGACAAAAUUAGACAAUUCUAGAUAAUUUGAAAUUAGACGAAUCUAAUGUAUAGCAUGUAAACUCUAAUGCUUAGACUGUAAAUAUAUAUUAAUAUUAUUAUAAUCUAUUUAUUUAAUUACAAUUAUGGCAACUAUGAAAUUAAAUGUACUUUAAUAAAUAAUAUGUAACUAUGAUUUAUAAUAUCUUCACUCGCUAACUGAAUUCGGUAUUUCUAAAAGACAAUUUAAAAAUUAAAACGAAAAUAAAUUAAUUUAUAUUUUUAUUAUUUUAACGAAAAUAAAUUAAUUUAUAUUUUUAUAUAUUUCUUAUUUAUUAUCUUAUGAUAAUAAAUAAGGGUCUUUAUGUCUGGUCCUAAUUCUCUGACCCUGAAAUCGCAAGAGUAAUACACGAAAUCCAUUUUGGGACGUAGAUUUUAACAUAGAUUCCUCUUAAUAUACGAUUGGAAUGACAGAAAACCAGGACCUAAAAACUAUCACUGUUCGUCACAUAUACUUAUUAUUUAAUUUGUUAUAAUACAUAUUAUAAGAAAAAAUAUAUACCAUGUACAACAGAAAAGUCAGCACUAGUCAAUAACUGAAUCGGAUAUUUUGGUAAUAAAGUAUUGUUUUUUUUUCUUCUGAUUGAGGUUUUUGAGUGAAGAUUUGUCGAUUCUAUCUCAUACAAAACUGCGUUAUUUGUAUAAAAAAAAAGUUUGUCGAUAUCAUUGUAAAAAUUAGGAAAAAAGUAAGAUGUAAAUUAUAUAAAGUACUGUUGAAUUACGCUAAAAAUAUUUAUUUUGUCUCGCAUUUUUGUACGAGAUGGAUAAAAACCAAAAUAAAAUGUGUAUUAUUAAAAUUGAACUAAAAUCUUAAGAAUUAUAAUUUAAUAGUUAAUUAAUAUUUGUAAACUAUCACUAAAACAUUUUACGUGAUUCUAAAUUAAACAAGAAAAACGGCAUUUUUUCUCGUUCAAUGCCACAGAUACGAAAUAUGUAUUAGACCAUAGAAUACAAACAUGACACUGCCAACAUGUUGUCAAAAUAUCUAUAAAUAUGAAAAUAAAUUAUAUACCUAGCGCGCAUUUUAUUUUUA